AUGCAGGUUUGUGGUAGUUCAAAGGUUGCAGAAAAGAUUCAGGAGGAAUUUGUGGAAGAAUCAGGUCCGGUGCCCGUCCGUCUGGUGAAUGGGAACAACAUGUGCUCCGGGAGAGUGGAGGUCUAUCAUAACUCCACCUGGGUCACCGUCUGUGGCACGAGCUGGGAUAUCAAUGCGGGGAACGUGGUCUGCAGGGUGUUGAACUGUGGGACGGCCCGGUUAGUAACAACUGCUGUCUCUAACGGAGAGGCCACUGGGAACAUCUGGCUGGAUGGGGUGAAUUGUAACGGGACAGAGCCUGCCCUCGACCAGUGUCCUGCCAAACGAUGGCAGGUGAAUAACUGCACACACGGAGAGUACGCUGAAGUCUCAUGCUCAGGUCCGGUGCCCGUCCGUCUGGUGAAUGGGAACAACAUGUGCUCUGGGAGAGUGGAGGUCUAUCAUAACUCCACCUGGGGCACCGUCUGCGGCAGGAGCUGGGAUAUCAAUGCAGGGAACGUGGUCUGCAGGGUGUUGAACUGCGGGACAGCCCGGUCACUAACAAUAGCUGCCUCCUACGGAGAGGCCACUGGGAACAUCUGGCUGGAUGGGGUGAAAUGUAAUGGGACAGAACCUACCCUUGACCAGUGUCCUGCCAGCCCAUGGGGUGUGAAUAACUGCACACACGGAGAGUACGCUGGAGUCUCCUGUUCAGGUCCGGUGCCCGUCCGUCUGGUGAAUGGGAACAACAUGUGCUCCGGGAGAGUGGAGGUCUAUCAUAACUCCACCUGGAGCACUGUCUGCGGCAGGAGGUGGGAUAUCAAUGCGGGGAACGUGGUCUGCAGGGUGUUGAACUGUGGGACAGCCCGGUUAGUAACAACUGCUGUCUCCUACGGAGAGGCCACUGGGAACAUCUGGCUGAAUGGGGUGAGUUGUAACGGGACAGAGCCUGCCCUCGACCAGUGUCCUGCCAAACGAUGGCAGGUGAAUAACUGCACACACGGAGAGUACGCUGAAGUCUCCUGCUCAGGUCCGGUGCCCGUCCGUCUGGUGAAUGGGAACAACAUGUGCUCCGGGAGAGUGGAGGUCUAUCAUAACUCCACCUGGGGCACCGUCUGCGGCAGGAGGUGGGAUAUCAAUGCGGGGAACGUGGUCUGCAGGGUGUUGAACUGCGGGACAGCCCGGUCACUAACAAUAGCUGCCUCCUACGGAGAGGCCACUGGGAACAUCUGGCUGGAUGGGGUGAAAUGUAAUGGGACAGAACCUGCCCUCGACCAGUGUCCUGCCAGCCCAUGGGGUGUGAAUAACUGCACACACGGAGAGAACGCUGGAGUCUCCUGUUCAGGUCCGGUGCCCGUCCGUCUGGUGAAUGGGAACAACAUGUGCUCCGGGAGAGUGGAGGUCUAUCAUAACUCCACCUGGAGCAUUGUCUGCGGCAGGAGGUGGGAUAUCAAUGCGGGGAACGUGGUCUGCAGGGUGUUGAACUGUGGGACAGCCCGGUUAGUAACAACUGCUGUCUCCUACGGAGAGGCCAAUGGGAACAUCUGGCUGAAUGGGGUGAGUUGUAACGGGACAGAGCCUGCCCUCGACCAGUGUCCUGCCAAACGAUGGCAGGUGAAUAACUGCACACACGGAGAGUACGCUGAAGUCUCCUGCUCAGGUCCGGUGCCCGUCCGUCUGGUGAAUGGGAACAACAUGUGCUCCGGGAGAGUGGAGGUCUAUCAUAACUCCACCUGGGGCACCGUCUGCGGCAGGAGCUGGGACAUCAAUGCAGGGAACGUGGUCUGCAGGGUGUUGAACUGCGGGACAGCCCGGUCACUAACAAUAGCUGCCUCCUACGGAGAGGCCACUGGGAACAUCUGGCUGGAUGGGGUGAAAUGUAAUGGGACAGAACCUGCCCUCGACCAGUGUCCUGCCAGCCCAUGGGGUGUGAAUAACUGCACACACGGAGAGUACGCUGGAGUCUCCUGUUCAGGUCCGGUGCCCGUCCGUCUGGUGAAUGGGAACAACAUGUGCUCCGGGAGAGUGGAGGUCUAUCAUAACUCCACCUGGGGCACUGUCUGCGGCAGGAGCUGGGAUAUCAAUGCGGGGAACGUGGUCUGCAGGGUGUUGAACUGUGGGACGGCCCGGUCAGUAACAACAGCUGUCUCCUACGGAGAGGCCACUGGGAACAUCUGGCUGGAUGGGGUGACGUGUAACGAGACAGAGCCUGCCCUCGACCAGUGUCCUGCCAGCCCAUGGGUGGUGAAUAACUGCACACACGGAGAGUACGCUGGAGUCUCCUGCUCAGGUCCGGUGCCCGUCCGUCUGGUGAAUGGGAACAACAUGUGCUCCGGGAGAGUGGAGGUCUAUCAUAACUCCACCUGGGUCACCGUCUGUGGCACGAGCUGGGAUAUCAAUGCGGGGAACGUGGUCUGCAGGGUGUUGAACUGUGGGAACGCCCGGUUAGUAACAACUAAUGUCUCUAACGGAGAGGCCACUGGGAACAUCUGGCUGGAUGGGGUGAAUUGUAACGGGACAGAGCCUGCCCUCGACCAGUGUCCUGCCAGACGAUGGCAGGUGAAUAACUGCACACACGGAGCGUACGCUGAAGUCUCCUGCUCAGGUCCGGUGCCCGUCCGUCUGGUGAAUGGGGACAACAUGUGCUCCGGGAGAGUGGAGGUCUAUCAUAACUCCAUCUGGGGCACCGUCUGCGACAAGAGCUGGGAUAUCAAUGCGGGGAACGUGGUCUGCAGAGUGUUGAACUGUGGUACGGCCCGGAGAGUACCAUCUGGUGCAUUCUACGGAGAAACCACUGGGAACAUCUGGCUGGAUGGGGCGAAGUGUAAUGGGACAGAGCCUGCCCUCGACCAGUGUUAUGCCAGCCCAUGGGGGGUGAAUAACUGCAGCCACAGUGAGGACGCUGGAGUCUCCUGCUCAGGUCCGGUUCCCGUCCGUCUGGUGAAUGGGAGCAACAUGUGCUCCGGGAGAGUGGAGGUCUAUCAUAACUCCACCUGGGUCACCGUCUGUGGCACGAGCUGGGAUAUCAAUGCGGGGAACGUGGUCUGCAGGGUGUUGAACUGUGGGACGGCCCGGUUAGUAACAACUGCUGUCUCUAACGGAGAGGCCACUGGGAACAUCUGGCUGGAUGGGGUGAAUUGUAACGGGACAGAGCCUGCCCUCGACCAGUGUCCUGCCAAACGAUGGCAGGUGAAUAACUGCACACACGGAAAGUACGCUGAAGUCUCAUGCUCAGGACGCAUCAGGAACUUGGCUCAGAAACGCUGCCUCACGGACACAGACCUGCAGAAAACACGGGUCGCUGGAAUGAUCGAGUUCACCCUGGUUGGCAGUGAGCUCUGUCCAUCCGAUCCAGAGGUCACCGAGGCAUUAGAGCAACUGAUUAAUACCCUGCUGUCAUCCAUCCCAGGAAACAGUGUCCUUGACAUCCAAGUGAACCCAGAGAGGAGGCGGAAGAGAGGCGCCUGA